GAGCAACUUUGACGUGUUUUUGGCCAUGAACCACUCGCGACAACGUGAUAACAAAUCAUCAUGUCAAAGCGGAACGGAAGUACUGCGACGCAAGAGUAUGAGGGGAGUGUGCCUCCUCCGAAACGAGUGGCGAUAACUUCCAGUUCGGAGCAUCCCGUUGCUCACAUCUCGAGACAUAUCAGGGCAUGCACAACAUGUCGGAAGCACAAGAUCAAAUGUUUUAUGGACGAUGCUGGACCACCAUGUCGACGGUGUAAAGAGAAGAAGCUGAGCAACUGCGCCGUUAGCAAGAACCUACAAACCAUUAUCGAUGAAAAGACAGAGUUAUCUGAAGCCAUGCUAUCGGAUCUUGACCAGGUGUACACAGCAGUCAAGGAGAUGAGAAGUAUAAUGGGCUUACCAGAAUUACCGCCAUUACAAACGUCCCGGAUGAACAAGCGAAAGGACUCGUCAGUACCGCCACCACAAGAUUUAACGACUCUUCAACUGGAGGACAAUUAUGGCCCAUCAUGUGACAACUCACCGAAACUCACGCCCGAAGACGAUAGACUGCCCCAUGCGCCUAUCCAUUCUCUAUAUACACUGACUAGAAUGAGAGCGCUUCGGUCACCGGGCAGUAGGAAUGAGAACCCGAGUCAAGCCAUCAAUGACUUCAUUUCACAAGGACAGGUCUCACUGGCUGAUGCUGAGCGGUUGUUUUGUGUUUAUCGAGAUCGCCUUGACGGGUUCAUCUACUCUAUCGGCUGCCCCUAUAAAACCCUCGAGCAGCUUCGUCGGAAGUCAUCAAUCCUAUGUGCGGCAACUCUCACCAUCGCAGCGCUUCACGACCCAGCUGCCGAUAAAGUAUAUGGCAUUUGCAAUUCUGAACUCCGGCGAUUGACCGAGAAGUCAAUGCUGCAACGACAAGGCGACAGGGACUACUUCCGAGCUCUCAGCAUCGCUUCAUACUGGCUUAGUGAUCUAUCGUGGACAUUAUCAGGCCAUGCAAUCCGACGAGCUGCAGAAUGCAACAUCCACAACAGCUACAGUCUAGCCAUAAAGGACCAAUCCGAAGAAGCCAUGGACUCUGCUCGAAUCUGGUCUAUUCUUUAUAUCUGCGACCAGCACCUUGCUAUUCUUUACGAUAGACCGGCGAUUAUCCAGGACGAUUGGCUUACGCAAGACUGGGAAGGCAUCUUAAACUGUCCUUUGGCUACGGACCAAGAUGAAAGACUCAUGAGUCAGGUCGAGUUGAUGGGUAUCUUGCGUAACAUACGACGAUUAUUCGGGCCUGAUAAAGGAGAGGAGAUUCCUAGAUUGUAUCUGAGUCAGAUAGGGCACUAUCAUCGGCAGCUUGAUCAGUGGAUCACGAAAUGGACCGAUAGGCUCCCAGAGGGCCAUCCCAAUAUUGGCGCGUUUCCACGAAAAGGAGCUCUCUUCCACUUCCACCUCGCCCAACUAUACCUCUACUCACAUGUUUUCCGUGGCCAGUCCAACCAAAUACCCAGCCAUUUCCUCGAUACAGCCUCAAUGGCAGUAACUUCAGCUUCAGCCAUCAUCGACAUCCUCCUCACAGACCCUGAUCUCUCAACAAGCAUCGUCGGGAUACCAUCUUAUCUUCUCUCUAUGACAGCAUUCGCAGCCAUGUUUCUCGCCAAAGUCUCACACAAAUACGGGGAUAACCUGUUCAGACGUGAUCAAGCGCUGGAUCAGAUUACACGACUAAUCAGCCAUUUCAGAUCGUUGUCUAUGGGCAAGUGGCAUCUGGCCAAUCUCAUGAUUAGAGGUUUGGAGACUGUGACUAGCCUUUUGACCUCGCAUGGUGUUCAAGAUAAAGUCCAGAAUGCCAUUUCAUCAAUGAUGCCUGGAAACGAGGCCAAUCAAAGUCUUGAAGAUGUCUAUAACACUAACCCUGAUAUGUUUACCGGUAUGGAUGGAACUACAAUACCUACAUGGGACACGACUUUCGGCCUAUCACCCAUCUUUGGCUUUGAUCCAUCAUUCCUCGAUGUAGAUGGGUAUAUGCAGUCGAUGGCUAUCUUUCCAAACACCGAAGGAACCUGAAGGAGUAUCUCAAUUGAUUGGUAUUCAUCUAUGUAUUUAUCCCAAACCUCUAUGCGCUUCUUUUCCCAAUCAUGACUCUACAUGCCCUGAAUGUUCCUUGGCCGGUACUCGCUCUCCAAAUACUCCAACUCCUCCUUCGUAAACUUGACAUUCAACGCCUCCACCGACUCCUUAAUUCUCUUCUCAGAGUUCAACCCCAAAAUCGGAUAACAUCCCUUCUGAAGAACCCACGCCGUCGCAACAAGUGCCAUACUAAUCCCCUUAUCAGCCGCAACCUUCUCAACCCGAUUCACGAUCUCCAAAUUGGCAUCCGCAAACCACGCUUCCGUCUUCUUAUCGCUCUGGCUCCUAAUCGACUGAUUCGCCUCAUCCUUCUUGCUCGACAGAGGCUUGGCGAGAAGACCGCGGGCGAUAGGACUCCAGGGAAUGACGCCGACGCCUGUGGCUUCGCAAAAGGGGAGCAUUUCGCGUUCUUCUUCGCGGUAGAGGAGGUUGUAGAAGGGUUGCAUGGAGAUGAAGGGGGUCCAGCCCUUGGAUUGGGCGAUGUAUUGGAGACGCGCGAAUUCCCAGGUGUACAUUGAUGAGGCGCCGAGGUAGCGGACUUUGCCGGACUGGACGACGUCGUGAAGAGCGCGCAUGAUCUCUUCGGGGGGUGUUUCACGGUCUAGACGGUGAAUUUGAAGGACAUCUAUACAGUC